AUGAACACCAGUUCCGAUGCUGCAUGGAGCGUUGCCUCCUCCUCCAUCAUGCCCGUGCUUCCACCAAAGUCAAAUCGGCGAAGGGGAACUACACCCAGCAAGAAACAGAACAAGGCAGAUGUCUGGAAACGCGCCCUAGAUGUCAUGGGCUUGGAGCCGUUGAAUGAGCCAUCCACAAAGUCCGCCAGCUCCGCAUUCGCAUCCUCAUCCUCGUCCGCUUCCGCCUCAACGAACUUGAACCCAGACGUUUCGACAAUGACCACGCCCGAAGCAACGCCGGGACUCGGGGAAGCCUCAAGCUCGAAGAGGCCGCGGUCGAUCCUCGAUCUGCCCGUGGAGACCCAGAAGGAAAUCUUCAAGCAUGCAUCGGGAAACGAUCUUAUAGCCCUCUCACUCGUCUCGAAACAUUUCAGACAUCUUGCGGCGGAGCAGCUGUACCGGUGUUUCUCUAUUGUAUUCUUCGACGAUGACGAUCCCUCUACGGGGUCCCCGAUCGACGUUCUAGCCGCCGGCCUGGAGACCUUUGUUUCGAGCGAAUAUGAUUAUGGCAGCUAUCUAAAAGAUAUCUAUAUGGAGCCCGUGGCAGGCGGUGAGAAGGGAGAGCGCGCAUAUCGUGACUACUCGUAUGACACGGGCUGCGGCAAGUUCAUGAAUACCCUCUUUCUCCUGACGUUGCGCAAAGCCCCCGCACUGGAAACAUUCUUCUGGGAUAUCCGUGUCGAGUUAAGCCGUCCGGUCUUCCGGGCACUACAUCAGAUUCGAGCGCUCCAACACCUCCGGAUUCGAAUGCACAGCGGCCCCUCGUUAUAUCAAGCUCCUCCAGCGCUACCUCCAGCGCUACCAGCACCAGGUCCGGUCCACUCCUUGGGGCCACCCCCACCGCCUCCCCACCUCCCACCUCCUCCAAGUGGCUGGCCACAGGGUCCCCCUCCGCCUCCCGUGUUUGUCUCAAUCCCUUCUCACAAUGGCCCUUCUAUGGCAAGUCACCACUAUCCACCGACAAGCUCUAAUUCCUUCGCCAUGGGCAACAAGUAUGCCUCCAGAAUACAGACCAAGGCUUUGAAGAACCUACUUCCUCCAAUUACAAGGUCACCACCGACCCUCUCUGGCUUCAAAAAUUUGAAGACGUUGGAAAUAUUGGAUAUGGAUACACUCGACUAUACUAGUGAACUGCGCGCUUGUAUCCGAAAUUCAUCAUCCACCCUCACCACCAUGAGGAUCUCGUUUUCCGAGUUAUUGGCCAAUAAAUCGAGGAAACCUCCACCAGAAGUCCACUCGGACACCGAUUCGGAAGUCGAUGAUGAAUUUGGGCAGAUCAUUCCUCCUGGGCCGCCACCGCCGGGUUUCGCAUCAAGCGGGAAUGACCCCACAGCUCCAUCUAAGACUAUCAAGGCACAGGAGGAAAAGAAGAAGCAAGACGACGUGCUGCAGAAAAUCUUCGGAAUCCAGAUUGCUAAAAAGGCAAAGCCCGUGCCUACGGUAAAAUCCGACCCUGAGCCGUCAGCUAAGAACGAUGGAGAUCCUAAACUACUCUUCAUCAAAAACCUUGAACCCGUUGCUGCUAAGCUAAUGUCACAAGUCAAGUCUGGAGGCUAUCUGGCUACGGAAGGGAAGAAGGUCCUAGAGAUGAUUGAGAAAGCCGCAAAAACCUAUCUCGAUAGUGUCGAAAAUGCCAAAGAGAAAGAACCCCAGGCUGCCAGUGAUGGUGGAAGUGCGAAGGAAACUUCAGCUAGUUCCACGACGAGUGCAGAUGUCUUAGCCGGGGAGGACAGUCCCACGAGCGGUGAUGCCGCUACUAAGGAAGCAGGUCUGUUUGACGAUAAGCCGCCAAAGCCAAAGAAGACUGCAAAUGCUGAUCCGGAAGUGGCAAACCCGGAUGAUAUUGAUAUAGAAGAGCCAGAGGGGAAGGAACUUACGCUUGAAAUUGACGCUCCAGCAGUCGAAGCUGCCACUACCGAUGAGGCGAGCCGAGCUGACGUGGGAGGCGCGAAGUCUAGCGUUGGCGAGGAAUCUCAAGCCACCCUUGCCGAAGGAAGUCGAGGAAAGCUUAUGGUGCGAGCAACAUCACUCCACUCUACACUUGUCGAUAUCGAGCAGGAAGCCGAUUCGCUUCAAAGGAAGUUGGACGAGCUGAGAGAACGGAUGAUCGAUACAACGCCCACGCCCACCGAUCUUGAGGCACUCUCUGCUACCGAGUCUGAGUUCCAGAAAGUUUCGAAUCGAAUGGCGGAAUUUAAACUCAGUAUGGAGGAGUUAGAUGAACAGGUGGAGGAAACGUUGGGUAGGCCAGAGAAACUAGGGAAUGACAAGAUGAGCGAAUAUGUUCGUAACACCCGGGGACUGGGGCUCAAGACUCUUGCGAUCUACCUAAUUCCCGUCAAAGCGCAUAUUCUUUCCCGCGCCAUUGACCUCAACGUCCUAGAGGACAUUACGCUCCUCAACGUCGGUCCCCAAAUCCCAUUCUGGAAUGCCCUCGCUAAAGAAAAUACAAUCUCCCCAUUGCCUUUAAAGAAAAUCUACACGGACAAUGUCACAUUACAAUUCUUGGCGUUUGUUUCUCAAUUGGAAAACGUCACGGAGCUUUUGUUGUUAGAGAAGCAAAAGGGCCGAGUCGAAAGCACUGCUGCCAAGACAAACGUGACAAUCGAGCAGAUUCGAAAAGUUGUACUGAAGAAACACGCUGGCAACUUGAAAGUUUUGAUGAUGAAGAACGACUCUGGCCCGGAUUGGGAUCUAAAUGUCAAGACAACAAUGCUCUUAUGUCUUCGUGCAAAGCAAUUGGAAGAGCUGUCUGUGAGCUUUGGCACUAGGUCAAUGCAUACUCUUCUUCAGUUCAUGCCUGGAUUGACAUCCCUCCGCGCCUUGCACACCAAUCAAUUCCGCACUGAAGAUACUUGUGUGUGGGUUAUGCGCGAGUUCCGCAAGUUUACUGUUGAUAACGUGGCGCACAACCCGGAUAUGAAGCUUGAGUAUCUUGCUCUCGAUACAGUCGUUGACCGGUUGGUCCGUCGUUCGAAAGCGAACGCAUCGCAGAAGGCGACUGUGGAUAAGAAAGGCAAAGGUAAGGCAGCUAGUAACUCUAAGGUUCUUGCCGAGAUGAUCUUGGGGCCAGGCGGUACGUGGCCAGAUGGCGGAGUGCUUAACAACUCCGGAACAGCAGGAAUUGGCCCCAGUGCCCUAGCUGGACCGCUACUCGACAUGCAAUUGAGUUCAGACGAGGACGACGACUCGGCGCCAGUGGUAGGGAAACUGGGCUUGAAGAUUGAGACCGUGGAUAAUGUUCGGUUCCAUGACAUUGUCGGCGUGAGGAUAUUCGAGAAGGAUGUCAUCGGAGGGCGUCUAUAA